UUCGUUCGUGUCGGUUGUGGGAGUUGAUGUUUUCUUAUUUUAUUGACAACUUUGAAUAUUAACAUUCAAAUACGCGCAAUUUCGGUGUAUAUUUCCGAGAGUAUUCAGUGCUGUGGUGUAGUGUUCAAUCCAGCCGUACAACCAGUUCCUGUUAAGCGAGCCGCAUCAUGUCCAGAAAUAGGGCUGCCAUGGUCAGCGCCUUUCGGCUCUUCCUGCGACCAGCGACCACCACCACCCAUAGAAGUCUCGCCCUGCGUUUGGCCCCCGGCACCACCUUCGCCCUGCACUUACGGCCAUGUCAUGAGCUUCAGCAGCACAGAAGCUUCGCAUCCACGGCGGAGGAUGGCGAAACGGACAAGCAUAAAAAACCGACGACGGGAGAAGACAUCUAUGUGGAAUACGUGAAUGGCAUGCCACACAUGACUGUACGACUUCCCAGUCGCAAUGAACUCUGCCAGUUUGCCCUGAAACCCAUCUCCCACAACGUUGGUGAUCUGUUAGCCAUGCUCAGGGCUGAGGAUCGGGGCAUCGAUCGAGCUGCGGUGAUCAACAAGCAUGGUGUGCGAAUCGCGUCGUCCUGCACCAUCGAAAGCUUGCUGGAUGACUCGUUUAGCAUACAAAUCAACAAUCGCACAUUGGAUGUGAAUCCUCCCAAACGUGACAAAGUCACAUUGGAGUCCAUGGACAAAGUGGGCGAUGUUCGUAAGGUUAUUGCUCAGCUCUACGAGGCAUUCAACGUCGGAGAAUAUCAGCUGGAGAAGAGCAAUCAAUUGGCCAAAGAACUGGAGACCCUACGCUAUGAACUAGAACCACUGGAAGAGAAAAAACUGGAACUCAGCAAAAAGGCCGCUCGUCGCACUAACUUUAUGACUUGGAUGGGUUUGGGCCUAAUGUCGGUGCAAUUUGGCAUUUUGGCACGACUGACUUGGUGGGAAUACUCUUGGGAUAUUAUGGAACCCGUUACAUAUUUUGUUACUUACGGGACGACAAUGGCAAUGUAUGCCUACUAUUGUGUCACUAAGAGGGAAUAUAUGAUGGAGGAUGUGAAGAAUCGCGAAUUCUCACUUUCCCUUUAUAGGAACGCCAAAAAGGUUCAGUUCGAUGUAGAACACUACAACGAACUGAAGCGAAAGUCGGCGGAGUUGGAGUACAAUCUCAGAAGGAUCAACGACCCGCUCAACAUGCAAUUGCCAUCGCAUUUGGUUCGGACCCAGGAAAACACGCCACCAACCUUAACUGAGGAAAAGGCGGAGCGGAAAUACACUUAAGGACUUCGUAGAAAAUCAGUGAAGAGACAGGGAAAACGGAAACUCAAACUAAUUUUAGCUCCCUCAAACUAGAAAACGAAUAAAAGUCCGCCUUUUAGCUAAAGAAGUUCAGGUGAUCGAAAUGUUGUAGUCAAAGUAAGAAAUGAUUUUGUGGACGCAUCACAUGUUGUGUGAAAUCAACUUUAGGUUUUUCUUUACGUUAACUAAAAUGUUUUAGUUGUUUAUUAUACGAUUAAUUAGCAUAAGCCACAGUUGGACGAUUCACACAAAUUAACAAGGUUUACCGGACGCCUGCUGUAUUAGAGCUUAUACCAUUAUUUUAUGUUUAAUUUUUAGUUAUUUAUUGCAAGUGAGAGAUUUGUUUUACGCCUAAGGCAAAUAUUGUGUGUGCAGUUUUAGCAAAAUAUAUGAAUUAUUUAUUGACUAUCAUUCCCCUAUGAGUUUGGCAAUUAUUUACCCCACAUUUUAGUUUGCUUAUCAUUGUGUGUCAUUGGUUCAAAGAACUGAGAAAAUUGUAGGCGCACAAUCACACAACAAAAUUGCCAGAAAAAUUGGCAAAUAUAAGAUUUUGGAUAUCAAAUUAUUAGUUUCUUUUGAUUACUAUCCGGUAUCACCAAAAUAAAUCAAUAUACAUCUACUUACCAUCUCAUAUUUACAACGAUAGUUAAUUUGGUACGCGGAUAAUUCAGCUUCCUGAAUAUCCGUGGUCAAAUCAAUCAAUGAAUCUGAAUUCAUCCAAAGAAAACUACUAACUCUUCAUAAGCUUUAAAAUACCAUACACUAUGAGAACAACUAGAACAAAUCAAUUUGUAAAUAAAAACGCACCAACUAUUUCAUUAAGAUUUUAGAAACGGAAACAUAAAGACGUCGUAGUUAGUAAAGUUAAUAGUAGGUUAGAUAUGUAAAUAUAUAAACUGCUGUGUUUCAAGACAACGUAAACGAAAUGUAAGAAUCACAUACAAUUUAUUUGCCCUGCGCGAAUCGAGACGAACAAAAUUGAUGCUUAACAUUAGCAUAGAGUAGCCUGUUGGGCUCCAAAACUUUACGAUUAUUACGCUAUCUUCCGAACUCUACAAACCUAUAUACUCUUAAACUUAGAAUUGUCAAAGGUUGUGUUGAAAACUGUUUGCCUGUGCUAUUAAACCCAAUCCUAGAAACCAAUCAGAGGACUCCACUCUCUACCGAAAAUCUACACACAUGCAUCGCUUUUCAAUGCGCUCACUAUAUACAAAUAGAAGAAAUGCUAUAGUCGAGAGCGCCGACUAUUAGAUACCCAGUACUUAAAGCAGUGUUUUAAAAUAUGGUAGGUUUUACAGUAUUGCAGAAAGUAUGUAAGGUAAACUCGUAUUCCACAUCAAUGUCCGACUUUUUGCUGAUUUGUAAUGGUUUUUUAAUACUUUAUUGAAUCGGAGUACUGGGUAUGAAAACGCACACGUGGUUCAUAUAAAUCGCACACUAACUAACUAAUCGCCAAUCGAAAUGAUUAACACUAGCCUAAGCAUUUACCUAUGCAUACUUAUAAUACUUUAAUGGCAUUUGUGAUUCAAUUUAAAAUUAUAAAAUGGAAAUUAUUUAUUGUACAAAGAGAUUUUGACAUUAAUCAAACAAAACCUAAUAACUUUUAAAGUACUUUGCCUAACCCAAGUCCCAACUAACGUUUGCGUUUAUCUUAUUAUACAUAAUGAAUUACCUCCUAGAAAUUCUCACGAAAACGUAAUCCUAAUCAGCGCCAAAGACUUAUGAAUACAUUUAAUUAUGUAGGUACUCUUAUACAUUCCCUUAACUGACGUUAAAGAUCUUAAAGCCCCUACUAUUUAUACUAAUACCUAUUAUUAUAUUACCAACGAUGCGCCAGAGAGCUUAACUUAUUUCCAAAAUAUAUCUUAACUGCUCUCAAUAGGUGCCAUUACUUAUAAUUCUCAAGUACCUUCUUUCAUAAACAACUAAUCUUAAUAUACGAUUACCUAUGUCUUUUAAACGAAUUUAAAGGAAACCCAACACUAAUUAAGUGCAUUAAUUAAUUACAUUGUUUGAAUUUUGGCAUAACAACCAAUGCGAUUUUUUACAUUUAUAAACUCGUUUGUUAAACUAAAAUUACGAAAGUACCCAAAUCCCCAAAGCUUGAAAUAAAAAUCAAACGAAAUAAAAGUCAUGCAACCAUAUGCGAGCGCCAACUGAUAAAAAAUAAUACGAAAUUAAAAUAAAACCAAGUUAUUAAU